UCAACAAAUUUAACUAAUGGCUUCUCGUUCGUUGUUGGUGCUUGCCGCGCUCCUGGUCAUGGCUCUGUGCGCCGCCGCCGCAGCAGCGCAGCAGAAGCCGCUGCCCCCCAAAUACCGCACCAUCAACCCGGGCAAGUACAAGAGGGAUCAGCAGCUCACCUGCGACGAUCCCAACGACAAGAAGGCCAAGUGCUUGGCCAAGUGCGACAAGCGAUGCCCUAACCAGUGCGUCGUCCUCUGCCCGGGAUGCAAGACCUUCUGCAUGUGCGACUUCUACCCCGGCGUGUCGUGCGGCGACCCUCGCUUCACCGGCGGCGACGGCAACACCUUCUACUUCCACGGCAAAAAGGACCAGGACUUUUGCAUCGUCACCGACGCCGGCCUCCACAUCAACGCGCACUUCAUCGGCAAGCGCAACCCGUCCAUGCGCCGGGACUUCACCUGGAUCCAGGCGCUGGGCAUCCGCUUCGCGCACCACCGCCUGUACGUGGGCGCCCAGAAGACGGCCAAGUGGGACAGCGACGUCGACCGCCUCCAGCUCGCCUUGGACGGCGGCGCGCCCAUCGACGUGCCGACCGAGACCGGCGCCGUGUGGCAGUCCGCCGCCGUGCCUGGGCUCACCAUCACGAGGACCGCCGCGGCCAACGGCGUGCGCGUGCAGCUCCAGGGCGUCUUCGACGUCGUGGCCAACGCGGUGCCCAUCACCCCGGAGGACUCUCGCGUCCACAGCUACGGCGUCACGGAAGAUGACAGCCUCGCGCACCUGGACCUCGGCUUCAGGUUCUUGGGCCUCACCGACCACGUCCACGGCGUGCUCGGGCAGACCUACCGCCCCGACUACGUGAACAAGCUCAGUGUGAGCUCCAACAUGCCGCUCAUGGGUGGGGCGCCCAAGUACGUCUCCUCCGACAUCUUCGCCACCGACUGCGCCGUCGCAAGGUUCGGCGCCGCUGGCAUCGUCUCCAUGGUCACAGCCAGGGCCUAGCUUUGCAUGCUACAUUUGUUCAGUUGUUACACGUUGCAACUUGCCGUUGAUGCAGCUAGCCAAAUAAUAACCCUUUGGCUAUAUAUGCGGUCAUAUAUAUAAUAAAUUUGUUUACCAAUGCAAUUAAGAACUACUUAAUGUGCUAAUGCAUGGGGAAAAGAAGUUGAUUUAACGUUAUAUUCAUUGAACAACACCAUUGUCUUAACCGCCCUGGUAAACGAGUACACAUAACAAUGUCCGAAGCUAUUUUUGCUACAAUCGAGUCACCAAAACAUGUUUCUUUUUCU